AUGUCGCAGGUCCGUGCCGGAGCCGACCGUAGCGCUAAUGAAUUACACGCCCGUAUGGCCAGUCUGACAGGUGAGCUAACGCGUGCUGGCGAGGCCACGCGUUCGAUGCAACAGCGGGCCGACCAACUUGCUGAGGAGGUCGAACGCCUUCGUGAAGAACUGACCGCUUCAAGAGCCUCCGAGCUCCACUGGGUGACCAGAGAUCAAGAAACAGGUCAAGCGGCAAUGGCUGCUCAGAAUCGUCUGGAGAAGGAGCUCAAGGUCGCUCUACUGGAGCUAUCAGAGCUUACUGCAGCAAACCAGCAGUUGCGGGCACAGCUCGAUGAGCACGUAAGUGCUUGUUGCCUAUUUUUCAGCUCCAUCCUUCUAUGCUUGAAAGUUGAUACCACCUCCCACCGCCUCCAUUUAGUGCUACAAUAUGAUAAAGGACCCUAA